CCUCGUUUCCACGAAGUACUCACGUGACCAACAGCGAAAACGAGGUUGGGCCGGGAUUCUGUUUUCCUUGGGAGGAAAUUUUUCAACAAUAUGCUAUAGCAAAGGAAUUUAAUGUAGAAGUACAAGCGCUUGCAAACUUAGCUGCAGCUGACUGAAUACAGGAGUGUUUCUGCAUUUUUCGAAGAAAUUUCGUCCUUUAAAAACAGCCGUGAAAAUGGUGGACGUCGUUAUAAAACUGAUCUGGUACCGGCUUGGGGAGACGGCAGCAAAUAUGGCUGAAGCUGCCGACAAUGUAUACGACCAUUUCACCACAAAGUCAUGGCUUGAAUUAGACCCAGUAAACGUGCUUUUAUUAUGGUGGCUUGUCUUAGCGGCUGGUAUAGUACUGGCUGUAAACUUUUACUUCAGAGCGGUGGAUGCCACAAAAACAACGACUGAGACGACGGAGGGGUCGGUCGCAGAACAUGCCCCUGUGGUCCCCGAGGCCGAUUGGGAGUGGGUGAAUAGCGCGAUCAAGUGGUUUUAUCUCAAUUUCCGUGACACCACAGACUACCUGGACGCCUGGCUCAGUGCUGUGAACGAGAAGUGUAGAACGCAGCAGAAUGAGAGCAACAUGCUGGUGCAGUUCACAGGUCUGCAGCGUGGAACAUUCCUGCCCAAAGUGACCAGUGUCCACUCCAUGCAAGAAGACAAUCACCUGAUAUUAGCAUUCUCUGUGUCUCUUCAUCAAGUCUAUCUAGAGUUGCAGGCAUCCACAGACGCCAUACAAGCCACUGACUGUGCUCUAGUAAUACACAAGCUCAAAGGAGAGAUCAAGCUGAAAGUGAACAUGACAUUGGGCGAGGAGAUUCAGCUGACAGCAAAGUUUGCACAAACUCCAGUCAUGGAGAUGAAAAUCACUCCUAAGAAAACAGAAAAUCAAACAGAACAAGAACAAACAGAGGGUGCAGAAACUACUAGUCAACAAAGCCAAGAACAAGUACAGCCUACUGACAACAACGUGGUGGACCUCCACACUCUAGAGCGGGUGAUACUGAAUGCCUUCAGUACAGCCAGCGUAACCUUCAGUGUCAAGCCACAUGUCAGGACGUCUGGAAUACACCUCAACUUUAUAGAGAAGAGAAUAGACAGGAAAAGUGAUGCAGGAUUGAAGUUUGGAAACGGAGCACCUCCCAAGCCCCCGCGAGUCCAGGAUCGUCGGCUGCUGGUCAAAAUCAUCAAGGCCAAUAAUUUAGGUGCUACUGAGUUUGGCACGGCAGAUUGGAGUGAGACGUGUACAGCCUGCACUGACCCCUAUUGUCUGGUCGAGAUGGACUAUCCCUCUCAGAAGCACAUCACCAGUGUGGUCAAGGGGACACAGAACCCGUUCUGGGAUGAACACUUUCUUUUUGAUCUAAACCAAGAUAGUAGAGAACUGAAAUUUGACCUGUAUGACAGAGACCAGUCUCAGGGAGAGGAUUUUCUUGGCACGGCCAUCAGUCGACUGGAUGACCUGCGUGAGUACCCCAGCAGCCGUCAGAUUAUCCCCUUGACCGGCAAGCCUGGACAAACAGCCAAUGUUUGUGGUACUAUAACAGUAGAGUUUCUGUUCAUGGAGCCUGCAGAAGCCCAGCAGUACCAGGAACAGGUCACUCCAGUCCAAGUCUCCCCUCGCCGUCGCAUUGAGACCAGUCGUACCGUCACCCCCGGAGGAACCCACAUCACAACCACCACUACCACCACAGAGAAGAGGAAGGAUCAGAAACUGGAGGCUUCAUUACACGAAUCUCCCAGCAAGAUAGAAAAAGCAGAGGCGCAUGCUCCAGAUACUAGUAACCAGGGCGCUGCAGGAGAGGACAUAUCCCAACCGUCUCAGGGACCCCCCACUAUUAAUGAACCCCCCCAAGAGCAACCCCCAUCUUCCCCUAAAACCAAGGAAAAAAAGAAAAGAUGGUUCAAAAAGAGUGGCCUAACGUUCCCACGACGUAGUCGGUCCUUACCCCGGUCCACUGUACCUACUGAGAGUCCACCAGAAGAGGACCAUGUUGAGACAGAUCAGUCUUCAAUUGAACCCUCCUCACCCACUGAGAAAGGUGCUAAAAGGAAAUCUCUAGGCAAAAGGUUUUUAAAUCGACUACGGAAGCCCAGAUCUCAUAGUGUGGAAAGAUCAUCAAAUAUACCAGAGAAAAAUCUACUCAAACCUCCUGGCAGAACAACAGGUUAUGACUAUCACAUAGAAGGAGAGCCCAGCAACUUGCGCAGGUCACGCUCAAUAGGUGGCAGUAUACGCCGCCUCUUUAGUGGACGCAGAUCCCGCCAGGACAAGCGUGACGAGAGUGACGUAGAAAUCCCAGGUGAAGGGGACACGCAGCUGUCACAUAAGUCUCGCUCCUUGACGGGAAGCUUGCGCAAAUUGUUCCGUCGCAAAAGGAAACGGGGAGAUUCCUCACCAGGUCCUUCACGAGAAAGUUCAAUGUCACGCGCAUCAACACGGUCACACGAUCAAGAAAUGAGGUCAGCUUCCGUAACGGCACAGGCUGGCGACUCACCAAGACAGUCUGUAACAGGUCAAUGACAAAUAUCGCCCAUGAUAACAGCCAAAGACAUUUAAAACUUACUCUGAAGAAGAAAAUGCACAGUGUGAAUAUGUUCUGAUGUUUUAGUAGCACUUCUUAGGUGGAAACAAGUAGGACAAUCACAUAUGUCUGUGUGUAGAUUCUCAGGCCAGGAAGAAAAGAUAAAAAGGUGUUGCAUGCAAUUUAUGGAAAACAUAAGUGGAAACAACUUUCAUAUAACAAAGAGAUGAGUUGCUCAGUAAAAGGUGCAGGAAUAUAAGCAUAAUGUUUGAUGUUUGGGGAAGUUAAACUUUAAGAUGGGUAAAUGGACAAUCAGCCCACCGCUGCCACCAAGGAAGUGGAAAUGUCAAGGUUAUAGAGAGUCUCUCUUUGCCUUGUAUCUGGUCUUUUAAUGGAGUCUUACAAGCUCUUGAUUCAGUCAAGAAUUGUAAUGAAAAUCACAUUGAUAUUAGAUAUGGUGAUGAAUAUCUACAAUAUAUAUAUUAUAUAUAAUAUGUGAUAUUAUUCAUCAUAUAUAAUAUAUAAUGCAUGGUGAUGAAUUUACAGGAAACUGUGGUUGGAAGAUGUAAAAACAGAAACCUUGAUGGAUUUUAUCUGUUUGUUUAGUCAAUUAUUUAAGAAAGUACAUCGUUUUUUUUAGCAGGCGGUUUAAUUUAUAGAUAGCACAACUUGGUGUGAUGUCUUUAAAAGAAGGUUAUUAGUUUUGUUUAAAAGGCAGCUGAUAGUGGAGCUCUUAUUAUCAAAUGUUUUUUCAAAGCACAAAAGAUCAGUUGAAUCUAGAUAGGUACAGGGUAAAGAAAACCGUACCAGUUUUGAGCAGGGUGUGAAAAACAGGAAAAUUUGCUUGUAGUUUGAACAGCAUUUUUAGCAUUGGUGUCUGUAUAAAUAUUCAGUUUAGUCUUGGGGUGUGUGAUGUAUAGGAGUACUAGUACUAUAAUUGGUAAGCUGCUUUGGUCUUGUGUUUGCAGCUUUGCUCAAUUUCCUAAGUUGGUGCCGCCUACAUGAACUCCCGUCCCUAGAUUGAUGCAACAUACAUGGACACAUUGCCAAGCAAAUCUGUUGGUGCCAGCUGUCUGGAACUUUUAGAAAUUACAUCAGUUCCAAGGUUUUUCAUAUUGUUUUUAAAAUAAUGUAAAAAAAGUUGAACUUAUGAAAUUAUCUUUGCUUAAUAAUUUAUUUGAUAUUUGUUUUACAAAACUAUUUGAUCAAUUGACCUUUGAAAAAAAUCAUGGUUUCAUAACAAAAUUGAAAGGAAUGCACAUAGGAAAUAUUUAUUGUCUUUUAGAUGAUAUAUUUAUUUGAAGAUGUUUCGGGUGUGUUUAAGAGCACAGUUUGCUAGUGUGGUGUUUGUGCACUUUAUUCAUGAACAAUAUUUCCCCUUUCCUCUAGAUCUUUAAUAUGCAUUCAUAAGGAGUGACUCAAUUUUCUUUGAGAGUGUAAGUUAUUUUUUUUUCUUUUUUGUAGUUUAUAAAGGCUGUUAAGGCCUUGCUUUGAAUUGUGCAAUUACAAUAAGUUAUUCAUCUCAAAGAAAAUAAAUUAUUGCAAAAUAAAGAUGAAUACAGUAUAAGAGUACACAUGCAGGAGAAAAAAAAAUGUGAAUGGAUUAGUUAACCUGAGGCUCAUAAUUAUGAACAAAUUUCAUUUGUUAAAAACUUUUUGUGUGAUUUGAAAUCUUUAUGUAAAACUAUGAUCGUGUUGUGCAAUGCCAAAUUGUAAGAUUGCGUUAGAUGUGAUCUCGAGUAAAAGAGGACUCUUGAAUGUGCCACCAGUGCUUGUAUGUGUCAGUGUGCUAGAUGUGACAAAAAUGUGCUUCUAAGUGUUCAAGCAAUUUCAACAGCUCCUUUAGAAGCUUCUAAUGUCUGUACGUCAAUUUUAAGAAACUCCAUCUCUUUGAAAGUUGCGUCAUUUAACAUUUACUCUUGGAUUGUUUUACCAGAGCAGUAGAUAGAUAGAUAUAAUCUUGCUUGUUUUUAUUGGUGCUGCAAGCAAUACCGUAUUUCUCAGAUCUCAGAACAAUCGGGUGAGACAUUUUUUUGGCUCUCUGUAAUUAAAAGGCAUAGUGUAACAUAAAAUGAAUAGGUUUUUCAUUUUCUUUGAAAAGUAGUACUGCAGCAGUUAUGUACAACUCUGAGCUGUGAAUGUAUUUUAGUUCAUUUAAUUUGUAGAUAAUAUUGCCACUGUAGAUGUUCUGUUGAUUUGGCUGAGGCUAUCUCAAAGAAAAAAAAAUGUCAUUACAGAAUUUACAAUUAUAAUGACUCAUGGAAUCAACCAAUGACCUGUCCUUUGUUUUAAUCCAAUUUCUAGAACCUUCAAGCUGUUCCAACUAAUUUAAAUUAUUUAUUUGAAAAUGAAAUGAAGCGCAUUUUAGUAUAAGAUGACCCCUUGCUUGUUGUAGAGAUAUUUUUGUAGCUAUUUACGUAUGCUGUAUAUAAAGGUUGUUCUUGUU